AUGGUCCAGACACGUUCCGCCUCGGGCGUCGACGUCCCCGCCACCCCGUCUGGCCGUCCGCGCUCCUCGGGCAACACCGCGCCCUCGACGCGCAAAGCCACCGGCAGCGUCCGCUCGCGCAAGUACAGCGCCGGCCCCAACGGUCGCGCGUCGGCGCGCCGUCCGUCCUCGUCGUCGUCCUCCGUCUCGCUCUCGUCGUCGUCCUUUGCGUCUGCCUCGUGGGUCUACGUCCCCGACUCCGUCACGCUGUUGUGGCUGGCCAUCUCACUGCCGCUCGUCAUCUGGGACACGGGCUACGUCUUGCUGCGCCCGCUCACCAUGCCCGGCGGCUCGCUGCACUGGCCCAUCUGGUCGCCCUAUGCGCUGUACGGCGAGGUCGACCACAUAUACGGCUUCAAGGCGUGGAACGCCGGCAACGGCUUCACCGCCGCCCAGGGCGUGCUCAACCUGAUCGAGACCACGCUGUACCUGGCCUAUGUCUACGUCUGGUGGACGCGGGGCCAGCCCGUCGUGGCUGGCGGGCGCAAGGGCCUCGUCGGCCGUCCGGCCGCGUGGGCCGUGACGCUGGUGCUGUCCUCGGCUGUUAUGACCCUGAGCAAGACGGUUCUCUACUGGCUCAACGAGUACUUUUCCGGCUUUGACAACAUUGGCCAGAACGACAUCUACGCGCUCAUCUUCCUGUGGAUCAUUCCCAACGGCCUCUGGCUCGUCUUCCCGACCUACAUGGUCUACCGCAUUGGCAGUGAGGUCAUUGACGUCCUCGCGAGCACCGCCGACCACUUCAAGGACGAGUAA